CUGUAUGGAAGGGACGUGGUUUGAUCAAGGCAGUGCAGGUCAACAAUCAAAAGACAACUAAGAAUUCAACCUUUCACUUUUCCCUUUUGACCACCAACUACUUUGAUUGUUUCUUUUCUUAGCAAAAAUGCAAGAAAUUUCGAUCUACUUCUUCAAAGCUCUAAUGCUCUGCUUUUUUCUGUUGGGCAGUCAAGUUGAUUCUGUUCCAGUGAUGAACGAGUCGCCAGAGAUUGGACGUCCGAUCCCUCAAAACAAAGCAAGUCCAAUUGAAAUUAUUGCUUUGAACAGCGGCAAGAAAGGUAAACCAUAUGUCAUCCAAAAAAGAUCACCAAUUGUAACAAUGACUCAUGCAGAAAUGGAGGCAAUCAGAGAACAUGAUCGUGGUAGACGUGCACAUUUUCAAAAGAUUAUCACGGAAAAUGCUGAAAAGUGGCAUCGCGAACAUGGCAACUAAUUUGCAAAGGUGAGUUGAUAUAGACAGAACGUUUGAAGGCCUGCAGAUAUCCAAAAGCUUGGUUGUUAACUUUUUUGUUGUCAAGAAUUCUGCAAAUUGGGUUUAGAUCGAGUUCAGUCAUACUCUCCCACAAUACAUCUCUCGCAUCUGCCAAUCAUUUUUAUUACUUGACUGUAUACUGGCUUAUACAAUCGCACAUUGUCU